AUGGGAGUUAUACCAGAGAACGUCAAGGGAGCUGUGGAUACAGAUCCAUGGCUAGAGCCAUUUGCGGAGGUUUUGUCGGAAAGAAGGUACUUGGCGGAUAAGUGGGCGUACGACAUCAGACACAGCACGGCGGACCAGUCGGAGCAAUCGUUGGCGUCGUUUGCCCGGGCGUCGUACAACUCGUACGGGUUGCACGCAGAUGGCGAGACCAAAGAGAUCCGGUACCGCGAGUGGGCUCCGAACGCUGCCAGGGCGUUUCUGGUGGGGGAGUUCAACAACUGGUCGACGGAGUCGCACGAGCUGAAACACAAGGACCAGUACGGCGUGUUCUCCAUCACGAUUCCUCCGCUGGCGUCGGGCGAGUUUGCGAUCCCGCACGACUCGAAAUUGAAGGUUCUGCUGGUGUUGCCGGACGGCUCGCACGUCUACCGUCUCCCCGCGUGGAUCGCGCGGGCCACGCAGCCGGACAAGGAGACGGCUCGGCAGUUUGGGCCCAGCUACGAGGCCCGCUUCUGGAACCCUCCCGUGCGAUACCAAUUCAAGCACAAGAGGCCCUCCUUCGAGCGCAAGAACGACUCGCUCAGGAUCUACGAGGCGCACGUAGGAAUCUCGUCCCCAGAACCGAAAGUAGCUUCUUACAAAGAGUUCACCCAAAAGGUGCUCCCCAGAAUCCGCGAUCUGGGCUACGACGCCAUUCAGCUGAUGGCCAUCAUGGAACACGCUUACUAUGCGUCGUUUGGGUACCAGGUCACCAACUUUUUUGCCAUCAGUUCGAGAUACGGUACCCCUGAAGAGCUCAAGGAACUGAUUGACACCGCCCACAGCAUGGGUUUACUCGUCCUGCUGGACGUGGUGCACAGUCAUGCCUCGAAAAACGUGGACGACGGUUUGAACAAGUUCGACGGCAGCGACCACCAGUACUUCCAUUCACUAGCAUCGGGCCGCGGCGAGCACCCAUUGUGGGACUCCCGUCUCUUCAACUAUGGGUCUUUCGAGGUGCUCAGGUUCCUCCUCAGUAACCUGGCCUUCUACAUCGACGUUUACAAAUUUGACGGGUUCAGAUUUGACGGGGUCACCUCCAUGCUGUACAACCAUCACGGCGUUGGUGCAGGAGGUGCCUUCAGCGGUGAUUACAACGAAUACUUGUCGAAGGAACGGUCUGACGUUGACCAUGAAGCGCUCGCUUACCUCAUGCUGGCGAACGACUUGGUCCACGAGCUACUCCCUGAAAACGGCAUCACCAUUGCCGAAGACGUCUCCGGGUACCCCACGCUUUGUUUGCCACGCCAUAAUGGCGGCGCGGGAUUCGAUUACAGAUUAGCGAUGGCUCUACCGGACAUGUGGAUCAAGCUACUGAAAGAGAAAAGCGAUGACGACUGGGACAUGGGCAAUAUUGUCCACAACUUGACCAACCGCAGACACGGUGAAAAGGUAGUGGCAUACGCGGAGUCUCACGACCAAGCGCUGGUGGGUGACAAGACAUUGGCCUUCUGGCUGAUGGAUGCAGCCAUGUACACCGAAAUGUCACUUUUGCAACCUCUCACCCCCGUGGUGGACCGUGGGAUAGCUCUUCACAAAUUGAUUCGUUUGAUCACACACGCUCUCGGUGGUGAAGCCUACUUGAACUUUGAAGGAAACGAAUUUGGCCAUCCGGAAUGGCUGGACUUCCCGAACGUCACCAACAAUGACAGUUACCACUAUGCACGCCGCCAGUUCAACUUGGUCGAGGACCAAUUGCUGCGCUACCAGCAUCUGAACAAUUUUGACAAGGCGAUGCAGGAGUGUGAGCGCCACUUUAAGUGGCUCAAUACUCCGCAGGCAUACGUCUCACUGAAAAAUCAGACCGACAAAGUCAUUGCAUUCGAACGUAACGGACUGGUCUUUAUUUUCAACUUCCAUCCCACCCAGAGCUUCGCUGACUACCGAGUCGGUGUGGAGCAAGCUGGACGAUACAAGAUUGUGCUGAACAGCGACCGUGCGGAUUUUGGUGGACACAACCGCAUUGACGAAGCCGCCUCGGAAUUUUUCACUACGGACUUGCGUUGGAACGACAGAAGCAACUACAUACAAGUCUACAUCCCUACUAGGACCGUGAUUGUCUUGGCGUUGGCAUGA